AUGAGAAGAAUAUUGAAGCAAGCAGCGGUGCGACCAAGGGUGUUACCGUGCCGAAACCCUGCGCGCGGAGCUCAUUUUGAGCCCGGACAUCUCAGUCGAAACAUGGAUCUUCUGAGACCUGUUGCGGCCCGCACCCGAUUUCAGCCAAGUAGCCGAGAGGCCAACGUCUUGCAAAAGACCAUCUCGAAUGCCAUCAGCACCUUGGCUGAAGCAUCUAAGGGUGCCGGGAUGAUGGAUUGUGGUCGUUUCGUUGCUUAUGAGAACGAAAGGCAGCACACGUGGGUACCGUGGGUAUCCUCGCCCACGCUAAGACGUACGGCUGAUCUCAGUCGAUUGGCAGUUGAGUGGGUUUUUUCGAAGUAUGGCCGGAAAGCAGCUGGAAGUUGCUGCAUCUUGCUUUUGCUCUCAUUUGCCACAAUGAAUGCAUUCCUGCAAAGCUCAGUUGUACUGCUGAGCCAUAACUUUAAAGUUCAUGAGGUUCUUGAGUGCUUGCUGCGUGCCUGCCUUGAUCUGCCUUGUGCCGAUUGUUUGGGCUACUCAUGA